UUGUUGCAGGUUGAUUCAGUCCUGCAUGCAAAUGAAUUCAGUUACGAAUUUCCUGAACACAAAUCUGUUAAAUCGUAUGACUCCAAUCAAUUGGCUUCAAACAAUCCCAUCGAAGAUACCAGGUCAGAAGCUUCAUGUAUCCCAACACCAGGUAUUCUCAUGGGAAUCUUUGAUGGUCAUGGUGGAGGAGCUUGUGCCCAGGUAGUUGCAAAACGUAUUUUCAAAUACAUCAGCGCUUGCCUCAUGUCGCCUGAUCAAUUGAAAGAGUAUCUUCAAUUGGCGGAGACAAAUGAGCCAAUGAAACUGCUCAAAACUUAUAACGACAAAGUGCAAUUUGUAGAAGACGUUCGUGAUAUUUAUAGGAAUAGUUUUAAAUUAUUCGUAAAUGAUUUAAUAAAGGACACAAAUAGAUCAUGGACCAAUGUUCACGAAGCUUUGGAAAAAGCAGUCUUGCGUUUAGACGACGAUAUUUCGAGGGAAGCUUUGACUACUCCAUCUGGAGGCGUCAAUAUGAAAACUUUGUCCGUUGCCAUGUCUGGAUGUGUUGCAAUUAUUGCCCAUAUUAAUGGUCCUCAUCUCAAUAUUGCUCACGUUGGUGACGCUUGUGCAGUGCUCGGUACUCAAAAAGAAAAUCAUUGGACAGCGACCAAAUUAACAGUGGAGCACAAUAUAGAAAAUGCGGAAGAAGUCGAAAGGAUAUUAGGGGAACAUCCGACAACUGAAAGCGACACUGUUCUCAGAAUGGAUCGGCUCCUUGGUCAGCUGGCUCCUCUUCGUUCUAUAGGUGAUUUCAGGUACAAAUGGAGCAAAGACAUUAUGCAAAACGUAGUGGUAAAGGUAUUGGGCGACCAAUAUCUUCCCCCAAACUACCACACGCCUCCUUAUUUAACUGCUAAACCAGAAGUGAAUUACCACAAGCUGACUCCGAAUGACAAGUUUUUGGUAAUAGCUUCGGAUGGGUUAUGGGACGUUAUAAGUCCGGCGGAAGUGGUCAACCUUGUGGGAAAACACAUGAGCGGAAAAGUCACCUUAAGCCCCUUGUUUCUACCAAGACGAAAUAUGAAAUUGGGAGAAAUAGAAGAAGUAUUGCAACAAAGAAAAGAAAGUAUGAAAUUGAAGCCCAAGGACAAGAAUGCUGNUUUCAGAGAUAAGGAGGGCAUUCGGGGCAAACUGACUGUGACAGACGCACAGACAGAUACGCCAGUGAUCCUAUAA